AUGGAGAUACAACUAUCACAACUACUGGAUAACUGCCAUCCGGACACUCGAGUAAAGACAGUAAUAGCGGACAUCGAGUCGAGAGAUGGGACGGAAUUGAAGCGAUUAUGUGGUCUAAUGGUGUCGUCGGGUCUGAUCAGCGAAACGGGCACCGAUUCUGGCGAUAGUGACCACAAUCUGACGAGACUUUCCACAGCUUUUGACGAGUUAUUAGUUAACAUCAAAUCGUUAGAGACGGAGACCAAUGUAUUGACCGUUAGGAAAGCCACUGCCAUACAGAGCACCGAAUACAACAACGUAUAUCCCAUGAGCAAAAAACCUCGGGGUUAUUGCGUGAUCAUCGAUAACGAGUUCUUCACGGAUGAGAUCCAAUGCACACAUCCGCCGGAGAUAUCCUGCGAAUUGGUUCCGUUGGCACACAUCCAGUUGCGGCGCAGGACCGGCACCACAGCUGAUGCCAACCGACUGUCCUCUGUCUUUAAACAGCUAUUCUUUGCCGUCAAAAUCCAUAGGAAUAAAACGGUUGAACAAAUGAAAGCACUUUUGGCGGACAUCGCGGCCGACAGCGCACUCGUAGGACACGACGCUCUGGCGGUUAUAAUCCUAUCUCACGGCGCGACCGAAGGUAUAUAUGGCACGGAUGGGGUCACUGUUCCCCUCAAGAGUAUACUCGAGAUGUUUAACAACGAGAACUGUCCACAGCUUAUCGAUAAGCCUAAGAUGUUCUUCUUGAGCGCCUGUAGGGGCGGAAAAACCGACCCUGGUGCACGCAAGAGUUUGGGGCCGAAUUUGGCUGCGAUGGGCAAACCCUCUACUGCUCCCAUAGUUAGCACUUGGAGUGAUAUGUUUGUGUAUUUUUCAACCGUUGAGGGUUAUGUUUCAACGCGUAAUAUAUUUAAGGGCUCGUGGUUUGGCCAGGAGUUGGCCAACUGUUUGGCUGAAUCGGCCCAUAGGGAACAUCUCAACGACUUAGUGACCAUAGAAGUGGCCAAACGAGUCAGCGAUAGGAUUACCGAAAUAGAUGGCCGACCAAUCAAACAGGCCAUUGAGACCCAUAUCAGGGGCAGUGUUAAUAAGGUGUACUUUAAUCCGGGCCUUUAUGAAGAUGAUAGUUGAUAAAUUA